UCCCAUGACCAAUGCAUGGAUAAAAUCCAUGUAAGGGGACAAAGUCCAGAGUGUGGGUUCUAAGUUCAGUCCCUGGGUCAAUCUCGUGACUACCAGUCAAACUUUGAUGGUGGAAAUGUUGCAGGAAGAGUGGAGACUGUAAAGUUUCUCCAUUGGGAGAAAGUUCAAGGCUGUUCCUGUGGGCCUGAAGUUGCAGCAAGUUUGUAGGGACUCAUAUUCUGUUGACAGCACAAACAAAGGCCCGGGGUCAAAUUGAACAGCCUACCAUGUCAGGUGAUCGGAAGGUUUGAAUGAGAAAAAGAGAGAGAGAAGCAACAGCUCACCGUUUUGAAGACCUCACACAUAGAGUCACCACAGUCCAGACCACCAUGGCAGCAGGUCCACUAGAAAGGCACUACAUCGCAGCAGACAUCAGCAUUAUAACAUGUAGCAUUUGUCUCAACACAUACAAUGACCCUAAGAGUCUACCAUGUCACCACACAUUCUGUAAAGAUUGUCUGAACGAUUGUGUAGGUAACAGGUCACGUAUUGCAUGUCCGCUUUGUAGGCUGGAAGUUUCCGUCCCUCAUGGGGGGGUUUCGGCUUUUGGGACAAACUUUGUCAUUAGAAACCUGGUGGACAGUGCCCAAAGGCUUGUUGACAUAAUGCCUGAAUCUGAGGCUACUGCCGACUGUAGUAUUAAAGAUGACAGAACGUGCCCCGUACAUCCUAGUAAAGAGAUGAGGUAUUUUUGCGAAACCCACGGUGUGCCGAUAUGUGAAGACUGCCUCUUCACUGAUCAUAAUGAGCACAAGACCAAACGACUGCAGGACAUAAUGCCUGGCAAAGAGGAAGAGUUAGUUCAGCUAGUGAGUCAGGCCAAAAAGAAGUUGACAGCUCUAGGAGAGAAACCUCAGUUUAUCAGAGAGGCAGUGGCCAGCAUUGAGACCAACAUGCAGACAGUUAUACAAGAUGUGAUUGAAGCCACAACUGAGAGCAUUGUGAGGUUGGAAGACAGCAUGAAGAGUCAGAGAGAUGCUUUGAUCAAACAGAUAGAGAAACAGUGUAGGGACAACAUAUCUGUGCUCUCUGAUGACAGGUCUAGUAUUGAGAGGGAUAGGUCCCUUUUGGCUGACACUAUACAUUUGUCAGAAGCUGCUGCCACACACAAAGAUGCACUAGAGAUACUGUCAUGCAUAGAAGCCUUGAAAGAGCUUGGGGUGCUAGGUCAGGAUGAGGAAAAGGUACUCGCACCAAUGCUAACUUUUGUCCCAGCUUCUCCCAAUGCUUCUUACAGUUUGGGCAGUGUUACAACUGAGGAUGGCAAAAUCAGUGAUGUAGAGGAGGAAGUGACUGAAUGUGGCAGUAGUAUAGCUCUUGCUAAUGACAGUGAAACCUCGUAUGAAUACAGCUCUGACAAAAAGAAAGGCUCUAUCUAUCCUAAACCCAUUCAGAUCAUUCGAUUUGGGCAUAAGGGAAGUGAGGAGGGGGAAUUUGAUCACCCUGUGGCUGUCAUUGCCACAGACAAAGGUCUCUUUGUUCUCGACCAAAACAACCACCGAAUGCAAAUCUUUGAGCUCACAGGCAAAUUCAAGAGAAGCUUUCCCGUAAGUCUUCCUGAGGAGACAGGAAGCAAGCCAUGCAGCUUUGCCCUCCACCCUACAACAGACCGUCUGGCUGUACUAGACAGUGGUCUGAAGGUUGUCAAACUGUUCACGAAGAGGGGCAAGUUUCUUCAAACUCUUGGCAAAGGGCAACUCAAAGAGCCUUCCAUUGUAUGAUACGUACAACAGGCUCAGGGAAUUAUAGUGUCUGUUAUCGACAAAAAUGAUCUGGUUCUGUUUGACCUGAAAGGAGAUACCUUUGCAAGAAUUUGCCUCUCAACCGAAUGUGAGGCCCCCUCAAAGCAGCCAGUUGGGCCUGGUCAUUUCGCUGUUCCCAAUAACAUGACCAAGCAACUGCUCUUCUACAAACCAGACUUCAGUCUGGCUUAUGUGAUGGGUGGGUGGGGCCAAGGGGGUGGGAGGUUCAAAGGUCCCAUCGGACAAGGCACGUACAUUGACACCCAUGGCUUCGUGGUGCCUGACCAAGGUAGUGGUAGGCUGCAGUGUUUUGACAGGUUCUGCAAUUUUGUGGAGGUUAUGGCAGAUAGAGAUGAUGGGUUGGGAAACCCGAGUUGUGUGACCUGCACACCAACGGGUCUAAUUGUGUCUGAUGUCGGCAAAAACUGUAUUUUCAUCUUAAAAUAUGUGCCUGAAAGCAACAAAUCCUGCUGUGUGAUAAUCUAGUAGAAACCAAUAUGGCCAGAGCCAUAGUCUAAGUUUAGGUUCCUGUUGAUGUCAAAGAGUACAUGGUAAAACUACAGCUUACAUAAUAGGAUAUUCUGUAGCUGCUUAAAGUGUAAAAAUCAGCAAAUCAGGAUGGUGGAUAUGCUGCAAUUCUUUUCCUGUUUUUGAUAAUAUUAUAAAAAAGAAUUCUGGAUAGUCAGUAUCACUUCUGCAUGUUAGGCUUUAUUACAAGUUUUAUAGUAUUGUUUGUCAUUUCUGCCAGUUCAUUGCCAGUUUAAGCAAUUGUACACUAUCAUGUACUGGUAUGUUAAGAAAAUAAAUAAUUACAUGUACAAUAUGUUUAAUGUGGCAAUUCAUUUAAUGUCACUGUAGACAAUAUUAUUUAAUAUUCAAACUAGAUUAUACCAUGAAGAUGCAAUAAGUUCAUUUUUUUGGAACAUUGAAACACUGUAAAUUUUGUAUGACUUUAACGAUGUACAACCAAUGUUUUCUACAACAGACCAUGCUUCAUGAGCCAUGUGCCAUCUGCAAGCACUUUGUCCUAGAAGUUUUUAAACUCCAUCAAUCCGAUAAAAAAGUUCAAUAGUAUGACAUUGUAUAACGUUAUGUACAUUGUACUGUACAUGUU